GCUAGGUUAAACUCUACCAUCACGCAUUAUUCAAUUCCAAUUCCAUGUUUUCAAAUGUUUUAAACCAAAACAUCUCAACUCCGUCCUUGCUCCCAAAUAUUUUACGCUUUUGAUGCUUACGUUGAUUUCCUGCUGACCGAUUUAUUGCUCACAAUAAUAAUGAUUAUCCGCCGUUAUGGCUAGCAAUCAAUUCUCAGUUCUCGCCUCCUCUCGCGCGCAGGGUGGUCCUUCAACGUCUUCUAAUGCGACCGGCUCUACCACCCAACCAUCCAAGAAAAAGCAUCGCGCCGGGCGAAAACACAAGAAGGCGAGACGAAAGUCCUUCGCUGCCCCUUCGGCAGACUUAGAAAGCGAAGGUUUACCUCCAGCUAGCCGUACCGGACACAGGGCUGGUCUCUAUAUGAACGAGAGGAAUAUGAGUAAUACAAGCAUAGAUAGCGAGGCGCUUCUCGACCAUAGAGAGCACCAAUAUCCACGUCUGCGACGACCAUCAACCCUCGCCGCAUCUCUCCAAUUACCGCAGUCAAGCCGGUCACGCAUAGGACUUGGAGGUCAGAGCCGCGAUUAUGACGAAGAGGAGGAUAAUACCGAGUCUGCACCUUUGUUAUCCACCUCCUCUCGACAGGACGUCUCAUCUUCUCGAGGAUAUGGUUCAAGCGAAGGGCGACGAAGACAUGACAGAUCUCCCAGCCGUCCCACUUCUAGCAAGUCGGGUAGGAAGUCCCAACUACUUCCAAUGACGCCAUCCGAUAGGUACAAUAUAAACUACCCGCCAUCUAUGCCUGGUACGCCUCCAUUGGGACCCACCGAUCGACUGGACUUGAGCUUUGGAGAUAUUAUGAUGAGGGACGAGCUUGUCGAAACUGGUUCUCAUACCAAUAGCGCACCCGAAACAGACAUAGAUCCUCUUCUCGACCAAUCUCCCUUUGAACGGCGUCAUACAAUUGCCUUACAAGCGCAGGAGGAUGUCUGUUUUCCUCAGGAGGGGAUGUCAGAGCUAGCCGAAGAAGACGCGCAGCAGAUUCGCGACAGCCGAAGCGCACGAACUCGACGACGAAGACGAAAUAAGUGGCCAGAUUUAUCUAUCCUCGAAGAAUGGUCCAGACUUGAAAAGGAAGACCGGAGUGAGGAGCGGCGAAUGAAGAAGAUCACGGAACCGCAGCUGGUGAACGGGAGAUUACGACCAAUUCAUAAGGGAUGGUACCGGAUAGAGGAAGACGCUCCAUAUCGAUUCACCUACUUCAACGAAGAGUUCCAAAGUACCAUUCACAGCCAGACAAUAUCGGAGCUCGUCCAACCAGAUGUUGGUUUCAAGGAGCUUUUUAUCCCAGAACCUCCAAUCCUAUCUGAUUCGUCGGAUGACGAAGAAGAUGAACCUAUUAUCCAACUAUCCAAUUCGUUCAGGAACGGUGCUUCGACUACGGGUGGAAGCCGACAAACGUCAUUGACGCCAAAUGUUGCAAUGAGUGAGCCAAAUAUAGAUACUACUCCUAAGCCACACACUACGCCCUCUGGAGGGUCUUCGAGAGAGCACUCAGGUGAUCCAAGCCCGAUGCGAGUCAAGUCCCCUCUCGCGGGUCUGAAGUCACCUCCCUCGAAUGGACAGAAGCAGCCACGAUUUGGAGAGCGUCCUGUUUGGUGGUUAGAUGUUUUGAGUCCUACGGAAGCAGAGAUGAAGGUGCUUUCCAAAACGUUCGGAAUCCAUCCAUUAACAGCAGAGGAUAUCAUGCUUCAGGAACAACGAGAGAAAGUUGAACUUUUUCGACACUAUUAUUUUGUUAAUUAUCGGUCGUUUGAUCAAGAUGCUGAAUCGGAGAACCACCUGGAGCCGGUCAACAUGUAUGUCGUGGUAUUCCGCGAAGGUGUCAUAUCCUUUCACUUUAGCCAGACCCCGCACCCGGCCAACGUUCGACGCAGAGUUCGCCAACUCAAGGAUUUCAUGAUUCUUAGCGCUGAUUGGGUUAGCUACGCAAUCAUUGACGACAUCACAGACGUCUACCUGCCUCUUAUUCAGACCAUCGAGGACGAGGUGGAUGCUAUCGAUGAUAGAAUUCUGCAACUCCAUUCGGAUCCUUCUCUAUCGAGCUCCGAUAAGAAGAAGAAUCUCGAUAACGAGAAGGGCAAUCCUGACACGAAUGUUGAGAGUGGUGGAGAUAUGCUGCGUCGGGUUGGUGAUUGCAGAAAGAAGGUCAUGAGUCUAUAUCGACUUCUUGGAAAUAAGGCCGACGUCAUCAAGGGUUUUGCAAAACGUUGCAACGAGCAUUGGGAGGUCGCCCCUCGAUCUGAAAUCGGACUAUACCUAGGCGAUAUCCAGGAUCAUAUCGUGACUAUGACGGCCAACCUUAGUCACUACGAAAUGAUCCUCGCCCGGUGCCAUGCCAACUAUAUCGCGCAGAUCAAUAUUCACAUGAACGAACGACAAGAACAGACAGCUGACGUUCUAGGCAAGCUAACAGUCCUCGGUACGAUUGUGCUCCCAAUGAACAUCAUCACCGGUCUCUGGGGAAUGAAUGUCUGGGUGCCUGGCCAAGAAUACGAGGGGGACCUGAAGUGGUUUUUCGCAAUCACCACAGGACUGAUCAUCUUUGGCCUCGGCUGCUUCAUCAUUGCCAAGAGAGUAUACAACAUCGUCUAGAAUCUCGACAUGACCUGGAUGACGUAUAAGCGUGACACACGCCCCGUAUCUGGGUAGGUCAAAUAUAACGAAGUAUCUUACUACCCAGACAAGCGGGGGUAACCUACUUUAUAUAAGGGUUGGAUACUUGUCCAAUGGUACCCCAUGUUAUCGGACCAUCAAGGUUCUUGUUUCAUGGUCACUUCACACGAGGUACAUAUCCGAACAAUAUCAUUCGUACAUGGAAGCACCAGCAUUGUGUUUAUUUUCUUAGAAUAAAAGCUGUGAAGCGUACUUCAUCGGGUCCGGAGAAAGGAGACUUGGCGUUGGGGAUAAGAACCUUAAGAAGUUGGGUACUUUUUAAUAUGGAUUGGGUCGAAUACAUAUUCUUAUACAUAUACAUACAUAAUAAGCUACAUAGUACAUAUAGCGGUGCCGACAUCGGUUCGUUCUUUAGACUCUUAUAGAGUUGAAUACAUAUAAAUAUCUGAG